UUUUAGUUUACAUUCUUUAUGAGCUGUCAAAAUGCUUGGACUGCAGACGCCUCGUCAUCUAAUCCUUCUUCUCCUGAUCGUCCUGUUAACAGGCCGUAGUACUGCUAUUGUAUGCUAUAAAUGUGAUUCCAUUGCCCUGCCGGAAUGUUCCCAGACCCUCGGAGAGGUGGGAGUUCUUCCCUACGUGGAAUGCCCGACGCAGCUGACGUGUGCCAUGUCCAUUGUGGACUCCAUUACAUAUCGUGGGUGCGGAGCCGAAACCCCAACCACAGGAGCCACUUACUCGAAGAGUUGUUCCUCGAACCUGUGUAAUGCCGGUGUCUAUCCCCCGGGGCGCCUCAAGUGCCAUCACUGCGCUGGACAGGAUUGCGUGGCAGCACCAGGUGCAAAACCAAAACCCUGUCGCAAUCACUUGGAAGAGGAUCAGUGCUACACGGAUGUUAUAAGUUCAUCCGAAGCAUACAGAGGUUGCGUUUCCGAACAGAAUCACACGCUGUCCAGUGCCGCCAAGCUGUGUGAAAUAAAUGGCUGCAAUGAGGAACAGGGAGCUUGGACACAGGUUUGCGCCGCAUGCGAUUCUGCAGACGCCAGGGGCUGCAAGAUGGACCUCUUCCAGGUGAACACCGGCAGGUGCAAUGUGACGCUGUUUGAGGAAUGCCAGCAGGAGGUUCUGUUGGGUGAGGAAGAGGACAAGUACUGCUUUAGCCAUCGGAGAUUAAGCCGCGUGGUUAGAGGCUGCUCUCAGACAAUACCAGCAGAUCUGGUACCCUAUAAGGAGGAACUGGAAAAGUGUAGAACUAGUGACUACUGCAAUGCUGGCUGCAUUACCCGGCAGAAGUGUUUGACCUGCAACUCUCUGGAUCAGGAACUUUGCAGAACGAAUGUGACAGCCAUAAGUAACACCACUUGCGGCUCCGCCGAGGCAUCCUCCUGCUUCACCUGUGAGUACUCCAACUGGAGUGUACAAAGAGGAUGUGGAGCUGCACCCAUAAAUCCCGGAAUCCUCAACUGCUACGAAUGCGAUGAAAAAGAUGGAUGUAAUAAUAAGGAUUUCACACGCUGCUAUCAAUGCAGUACGGAUCAAGCUGGAGCAGGCUGUGCAAACUGGGAGAGACCAGGGGAAAUAUUCAUCGAGGAAUGUGUUGAGCCAGCAACUUCUUGUCUCACGGUUUCCUAUAAAAACGGUACCACCUCGAGAGGUUGUCAAAAAGCCGAUUUCAACUGUACUUCAGAAAAUGCAGCCAACUGUCGUUCAUGCCUAGGAAGCUUCUGCAAUAAAGGAGCCUUUCCGGAGGAGCGUCUCUGGUGUCAUCAGUGUGAAGGAGUGCAGGAUUGUGAGGAGAUAUCUAGUGGACAAACUGCUAUACCUUGCCCCGUUCAAGCAAACGAACCAGAGGACUUAAAAGAAGCCUGCUUGGAGUAUUUCGACACCCACAGCAAGCAGAUCGUAAGAGGAUGCCGUUCUAAUCCGGAGCUGUACUAUGAAUGCCUAUUAAGGAGUAACCACCAUGAUAGUUGCCGCAUUUGUCACGGUCAAGCCUGUAAUAAUAGUCCUGGAAAAGAGUUGAGAGCAGGAUAUGAGCUAGAAACCAAAGCAAUGGCAUUGCUACAGGCCAGAAGUUCCUCAACAUCCUUAAAAAAUUCCAAAGUGGGUUACGGAAUAUGGCCAAUCUUGAGCGUUAUUUAUGUGCUAACUUUCUGAAU